AUGAAGGGGAGGAAAAAAGAUAUUGAGCAGAGAACUCCAUAUGAAGAUAUGCUUUUGGAACAUAUUGAGCGACUUCUUGACAUGGAAACUUUCUCUAAAGAUUGUUAUUUAGUUUCAUCAACAAAUGAUAAUGGUGAAAUUGAUCUAAGUAGACUUGCUUGUUCUCCAGAUCUGAUAAAACUUCAAGCUACAACAGAAUCUGUUAAAGAAGUUAUCGAAAAAUCGCUUUGGCUAAGAAAUAAUUUAAUAAUUUCACCAUAUCUCGCUUUAAAAUUACCAUUUGAUAUAGAUACAAAAUCUUUAAUCCUCUAUGAUCUCCAAAAUGGGGUUUACCAGAAAGAAAUUAAUCAAUACACGAAUUUUAUUUUUGGUAAUGAAAAAAACUACACUAUUAAAAGGCAUAAGAAUGGACUUCAAAUCAUCUUUCAAGAUUCAGCAACAUUGAUUGUCUUUUGGAGAACUUUAAAUUAUUGCAUGAUUAAAGGAUAUAACGCGAAAGCAAUGGUGCUCACAAAGAAGACUCCGCAUCAAUAUUACCUCGCACACUCUCAGAGUAUGAUUUUCUCUCAUCCGAAAAUUUCUACCCCAUCAAAGAAGAAGCCCAAGAAAGAACCUCUCAAAAUUAUCAAAUUUGAUGAAAGUGACUUCCCACCAUUAUAA